AUGGACAUAACGGAACGAGCGGUUUAUCGUGGGCAGUUAACGAAAUUAACAAAUAGUGCGUCCGAAUAUUUAAACAGCUCAGAUUCCAAAAGUGAUAAAACGGAAGACAUUGAUCUUAUUGAAGACGAACUUGUGAGCUUUAUCGAACGCAUAAAUUCAGUUUUGGGUACGUUACGAAAAUGCAAUGAUGAAAUUCGAUCUUCUAUAAAGCUAGAAAAUGCCCAGAAAGAAUUUGAAACGAUUUACGAGUAUGAGGAUAAAGCCGCGAACAUUUUAUCGCACCUAAACCAGAGACUUAAACGGUUACGAAAAUGCCGCGAUAAUCUUGACACUUCAUCAUCAUCUAGCCUAAGUAUUGAACGAAAAAAGGAGCACACAUUUAGCUCUGCUAAAUUGCCAAAACUUUCGUUAAAAGUUUUCAGUGGUCAUCAUGAGUGGCUCCCUUUCUGGGAACGCUUUCGUGUAGCGGUUCAUGACCGAACGGGUUUAACCGGUGCUGAUAAAUUUAAUUAUUUAUCAAAUCAUUUGGUUGACAAGGCGGCAGAUACAAUUGCUGGUUUUACACCAACAAACGCCAACUAUGAUUCGGCUGUUUCGUUGUUGCUGGAACAGUAUGGAAACGUCGAUAAGCUCGUCGAUCAUACGAUGCAGCAGCUGAUGAACCUUUCUCGAAUAAACUCUUGUCAUGACGUGACAAAAUUGAGGAAAUUAUACACAGACAUAAGAGCCCAUACAAGGUCACUUACCGCACUUAAUGUUCCAUCGUCACAGUACUCUAUAAUGCUGAGAAGUUUAAUUCUGCAUUGUUUGCCUCAUGAUUUAGUGAUCGAUUUUCAUAGGCUACAUCCGAGUAAGCAAGAUAAAGCUGCACGUUCAAUCGAAGACGAAAAUGCAUCACUAUCGGUGGGUAUUAGCGAGCACAGUAGUUGUGGUGGUGAUCAGCUAAAUGAUAUUCUGUCAUUUAUUAAAGAAGAGAUCUCCUCUCUCGAAAUGGCCGAGCUGACAAAUGACCGGAGAACGAGAACAACAAAAGUCGCAAAUACAUGUAAAACGGCUGCUGGGUUACUCACCACUACGAACAUAGCUGAGUUUUGCUGCUUUUGCAAAUCAAACAGUCAUUUAACGGAAAAUUGCAAAACGACGUUAUCGCUUGCAGAGAAGAAGACAAUUUUGAAAAGCAUGGGGUAUUGCUUUAAAUGCACCAAAAAGGGACACAAUGCUAAGCGAUGCUUCAAUAAACGUGUAAAGUGUUCUCUUUGCGGAAGUAAUCAUGCUACGUCUAUGCACGACCCAACAUACCGACCUAAAGCUAAAAAUACAACAACAGUAGCACCUUCAACAACAACGGUAGCACCUGCAACAAACUCUUGUGGCUCAACAACAACAUUGUAUGCAUCUGCCUUACUGCAAACAGAAGAGGUACUUCUUCAAACGGCUACUAUUAUAGCUUCGAGUAAUUCAAGUUCUGUGCCAGUACGAAUAAUUCUAGAUGGUGGCUCGCAGCGUACGUUUGUCAAAGAAAACAUUGUAACGAAACUACAACUCGACACACAUGAUACCGUUAAGCUACGUAUUUUACCAUUUGGAGAUUCGAAUAACUCUGAGCCAAAGCUCUUUAAACGCGUUCGAAUUAAACUACGUAGUUUACAUUCAGACGUGCCAGAAAUUUGCUCUACUGCAUUCCAGUAUGUUCGUAGCACAGAAUUGGACAUCCUUGGCCUUAAGUUAGCGGGUACUUCAUAUUUAAAUGAAACGGAAUUCGAAAUCGGAAUGUUAAUAGGGGCCGAUAUUUACUGGUCCAUAGUAAAAGACGACUUCAAAAGAAUAACCGACAACCUUGUCGCCAUUGACACCAUUUUCGGAUGGACACUACAAGGACCUAUAUCGACCCAAGGCACGUCAGUAACAUCUACGAAUCUCAAUGUUGGUGUAAUUGAGGACAACUCACUUGAAUCUUUAGUUGAUCGGAUUGAACGAUUAUGGGUUGUUGACGAUAUUACAUCAAAUCAUCAUAAGCUUCAAGUGGAUGAUAUUAUCGAAAAACACAUUCGGAAAAAUGGCACGCGAUAUGAAGCAUCAUUGCUAUGGAGAAACGACGAAUGCACUAUUGAUAACAACCGCGGUGGCGCUCUCAAAGGACUUCGACGUUCAUUGGUGAAGCUUAGUGAGGAUCCGGAAAAGUUAAGGCAAUACGAUGAAAUCAUACGGGAGAUGAUUUCAAGUGGUGUUGCAGAAAUUUGCGAUGAAGCAGAAAAAACCAACGAACGGACUUAA